GCCCGGUUCAUCAAGCUCCGCCCUCUGAUCUUCCUCGUCCCACUAAAGCGAUUUCAGCGCAUGAAGGGAUUCUUCCCCACGUCCACGGAUGGCAACAUGGCGACAGAGUUCCAUAACCUGCAGGAGUUGAGGCACAGUGCAUCUCUUGCCAACAAGGUGUUCAUCCAGAGAGACUACAGCGAAGGGACCACAUGCAGGUUUCAGACAAAGUUCCCAUCUGAGCUGGAGAGCAGGAUUGAGCGGACUCUGUUUGAGGACACCGUGAAGACACUGAACAAUUUUUAUGCCGAGGCGGAAAAGAUAGGAGGCCAAUCUUACCUUGAGGGCUGCCUGGCGUGUGCCACGGCUUAUCUCAUCUUCCUCUGCAUGGAGACUCGCUACGAGAAGGUCUUGAAGAAGAUAGCGAAGUACAUUCAAGAGCAGAAUGAGAAGAUCUAUGCUCCCAGAGGUCUGCUCAUCACGGAUCCCAUUGAAAGGGGAAUGCGUGUUAUUGAGAUAUCCAUCUACGAAGACCGAGGUUCCAGUGGCUCCAGCUCCGGCAGCAGUUCUGUGUCUGACAGCACCGCUCGAUGACUGGGCGCAGAGCCCAUUCUGCAGGAAAACUUAGGACAAUAAUAACACACAUGUUCCAAUUGCCUUCACAUCCCAUGCUUUUACAUUCACACCGAGCACUCACCAGCCUCCAUGAACAUGUUUGUCUCCAUCACCUGUCAUCACGAACUUGGUCCACAGUAGACAAAAACACGCACUUUAGCGGUUUGUCUCAGACAUAUGUGCAUGUAAUGCUGCACUUCAGACAGGAUUCACCCACUCAAAGUAACACAGGAAGAAAUCAAGGUAAAGGAAUGGUCUCAGAAAGGUACAUAAUAUGUGUUGCUACACCAGUUGAACCCCAUUAGGUUAUCAGCUUUGUGACUACAAGCCUUUAAACUUUUCUAUGUACAUUCUUGUCUUCUCCACCUUUAUGCUCUGGUACAAAAUAUACACAGCUGAAAUAACAGUGCAUACUUGCACCUAAAGGCAGUUUAGAAUCAGCAAUAAGCAUAUUUGUCUUUUAGUUAUGGGAAAAGUCAGAAUGCUUUAAAACAAUAUUUGCAAAACCUCUCAGGAUAAAGUUGAGCCAAUAUCCAAACGCCUCUCUAUAUAAGGAGUUAAAGUUAAGCGUUGGGUAACCUUGAGGUAAAUAAAUGUUCUGAUAUUUUCUAUUUGCUCAUUUUUCUCAAAAGCUCCUCCGGGGCUAGUUUUGAGCCUUUUCCUACUUUGACCCGGUUCUUUCCAUUUCAUGGACCAAACCUAACAGUGCUGCCUCCAUCUGUCUCAGCAGACCAAUGAACCGGUUUUUAUCAGAGGGUGAAGUACGGGGGUCCUUACAAACUCUGGAUUUCUAUCAACAUAUUUUUUAAAGCAACCUUAGAUUUGCCAGUGUUUUCCUCAAGAAACUAAAAAAAAAUCUGACUUUCUUUUUUAAGCUCAUAGGCUUGAUACAAAUUUAUUUGUAAUGAUUGACUUUGAAGUCAGGCUUGGUUUUCCCAUUUGCUUGUCUUUGUGUCGAUGCUGUUAUACUGUUGCUUUUAUUCACUGAUUCACAUUGUUUAGCUGGAAGAUCAUGUGUUCUUCUGUCUGUUCUUCUGUGAAUGCUCUUAUGAAAACACAGAGCUCCAACUUGAACAUGAUUGGAGCUCUUUGUUAUUGUUCUCAUUCUUGGAGCAAACGCAUCGGGGUGCAGUGUAGUAAGCUUUUUCUGUUUUCUGCUUUUUUCGUUUUCAUCUCCAGACAUUGCUGGGUGGAGUUUAUAAAUCCAUCUGAAUCUCUCUAAACACAUAUCAGGGGUCAGAAAAACUAGUUAACAUUGUCCAGGAUCACAGACCCCUACUUAAAACAUUGUUUUUAAUACAGACCGGGGAUAGGCCUACUGAUGCAUUAAUUUGCUUUAAUGAUGGAGUAGUUUGUGUAACAUGAAUACAAUAGUUUUAAAUGACAUGGCACCAAGCUGGCUAAGGAAAACCAACCGUGCUGUUAGGUACUUCUUAAAGAACAGGUUAAUAAACAGUUCUGGUUUAGCAUUGACCAACUCUUGUAAAAAAGCCUUAUUGGUUUUCAGAGACAAUAAAGCACUUUUAAUGUUAGUUCAAAUUUGACAAUAACUGCUCGAUGGGACCAUUCUUUUACCUUCCUAUUUCUUUAAGAACUGCCCUUUAGGCUCUAGAAAUGAGAUCAGCUCUCUGUUUUUACAGCUUGAAUAUCUCCAUCUGACUGCACCGUUUCACUCCUUUUUGCCUUCUUCAAAAAACAAAAAACAAACAAACAACAAAAAAAACGACUAAAAAUCAUAAAACAAAAAAAAAAAGAGGUGCUAAGCCAAGUAAAACCACAAGCUUCACCAAACCUUAUACCUCAACUAACAUCCGAGUAGCUGCAAAACAAAGUCCAGAUCCCUCACCAAUUAGGAGGCUUUACUGCACUCUUAUCAGAGAAGUAUUAAAUUAUAUACAAAAAAUUAUUAGAUUUAAAACACGUUUUGUGUUAAUUUUAACACACAAUGUGUUAGAAUUUACACAUAUUGUCUCUGAGGUGAUUCGGCACACGUGUUGAAAUUUGACACAUCUUGUGUUGUUUUUGAUACAUCUGUUUUGAGAGUGUGAACUCAUUGAAAUAAACCCUGCACGUUGGGGAGAGUUUUUUUUUUAACAUCGUAUUUUCUCUUGUUUAAACUGGCUCCAGAGACAGUUAUAUUGAGCGAGGCCAGCGCUAAAGUUCACUUGCCAAAAGCUCAGUUAACCAGCGUCGAGCACUUCUUCCUCUUUUACCUCUGAUGUUCUUUCACGCUGACUGCAAGCAGAUGAAUGUCAACCCAUUCAAGUAUAUUAUGUAGCAGAUCUUAUGUAUUUUUCACUCUUAGGCCUGCAUUUACUUUGUUAGGCAUGCAGACACCUGCAAAAAUCUGAGAACUAACCUUUCCUGUGUGAGAGCUAAAUUUACUCUUCCUAAAUUUAGAUUAUGCAAGGCCUCACUGUGAGUUAGGUCCGGAUGUAAGGGGAGAAAGGAUGGGUCUAAAUGUCUUCCUAAAUCUUACUUUUUCCUUUAUUAUAAAACACAGCCGCCCUUCCUCGAUUCAUGGACAAAUUUCCAAAGAACAGUAACUGCCAAAAACAAAGGCUCAAAAAAUGUGAAUGUCACUUUUAUUUUGAUGAUAUUUUGUGAAAGUACAGGUUUUCAUACUGCUUGUUUGAAACACGUGGCAUAUAGGUAAAACCAAAUCAGUGUCAAAUAAACUGUUUCAUCACAACCUUU